AUGUUUUUGUCUUCUUUUCCGGCUUUUCUAUAUUGUUUCUCGCCUAUAUUUUCUAUUUCCUCUCUUUUUCAUUCAUACUUUCCUCUUUCCUCGCCUCUUAUUUUCCUCAUUUCUCCUCAGUUUUUAUUCAUUUUCCUUCUUCUUAAUUUAUUUCCCAACAUUUCCUUCUAUUUCCUACUUAGCUACCAUUUUUCCCUUCCCUUUUUUUCUAAUCCUUUCCUUUUUAGUUUCUUUUUUGAUAUUGUUAAUGUUUCAAUUUCAUCUUUUCUUUUUUGUUAUUUUUCUUUCUAUUUUAUGGUCAUUACCUUAGUCAUCAUUGAAGUUUUCGCUACUGUUUUUUUUUCUUUCUUUAAUAUUCUUUUUUUUUCUAUCUCUUCUGUUUUCGUAUUCUUUUUUAUAUUUCUCUUUUUAUUAUCCUUAUUCCUAUCUGCCGCCUUCUUUACUUUAUUAUAA